CAUGUACCUAGGGCCCGGCUGGGAGCAUUUCGCCCGCGCCCAUGAGCUACAGCUCGGGUACUUCCUUGUCUUCCUCUACGACGGCGACACCAUGUUCACCAUGAAGAUGUUCGACAACACCAUGUGCCGCAUGUACUACCAGCACGACGACGAUGCCAGCAAUGGGAGCAGCAGCGGGGAUGACGAGGAGCAGAGCGGGGAUGAUGACGAGGAGCAGAGCGGGGAUGACGAGGAGCAGCCUAUUCUGGCUGACGACGAACAUGCUAUGGUGGUGGCCGACAACGACCCUGCUAUGCGCCGCCCCUCCUCUGCUCCGCCCCGCACCUCCCUGCUCCGCGCCGCCCCGCUCCCACUCCCUCCCCUCCUCCGUGCCGCGGACUACAUCGACGACUACGGCGGCCGCAUCGACUACAUCAACGACGACGGAGGCUACAUCGACGACGGCGCGAUCGACGACGACCACCGCUGCAUCGUCAACAUCAUCUCCCCCUAG